UUCUCAUUCAUUCCCAUGUUGCCUGGUCUUGAGGACUUUUUUCCCUCUGUGCUGAGGUGGGAAAAUGAGGUUCACGUUGCAGGAGAUACCGAAGCACGUGUGUAAGCCAAUCGUCAUUAUCUCCCUGCAAAACGCUGCGAUAUGUAAGGAAUAGUUCAACUAAGCUGUUGACCGGUGCUAACCAGAGUGUGUGUGCGCGCGCGCGCGCGAGAGCCAGAGCCACCUGUGGCUGAAUUUCUCUCUUAAACCCCACACGAGUUUGUGUUGGAGGAGAAGCUGAGGAUGUGGCGGGUGUUGCUGAACGGGGCUCUGCUCUUUCCCUUCCUGUUCUUAGUGUUCAGGAAAACGCUGCCGCUCAUCUUCAGGCGCUGGAGCGAUGCCGACGUGGUGUUGGUCAGCGAGAGGCUGGUCUCCUCUGUUCAUGCCAUCAUGGCCACCACGGCUGGAAUCAUUGUGGUGUCCUCAUGUAGUGAGAACGUGAUAACAAACAGGCACUGGCUGGCCACCUCAUUUGUCGUCAGUUAUGGAGUGCCCUACAUGGCUUACGACGUCUUUGCAAUGUACCUGAGCCAUUACUACCGUUUCCAGGUAAAAGGCCAUGAGGAUUACAGAGGACACUCGCUGAGGACGAUCGGAUCAUUUGUGAGGAAAGAGUUCCUGCUAGUCCUUCAUCACAUCGCCCUCCUCACUAUUCUCCUGCCUAUUACACUGUUUUUCAGGAAUGACCAUGGUGAUUUCUUCAUUGGCUGCCUCUUUCUUACAGAAAUCAGCACACCUUUUGUUUCUCUUGGCAAAAUCCUGAUCCAGGUUGGUCUGCAAGACUGUUGGCUACACAAAGUGAAUGGUUGCAUGGUGCUACUAAGCUUCUUCGUGUGCCGGAUUGCACUCUUUCCCUACAUGUACUGGGUCUAUGGAGCACACUACAGCCUCCCGCUCUAUGCUGUGCCCCUGCACAUCCCGAUUUACGCCAACUUGGGAAACAUGUGCAUCUUUGCACCACAACUGUACUGGUUCAUCCUGCUCUGCCGAAAGGGCUACCGUCUUUACAUGCGCCAGCGCAGCUCCAAUCACCUGAACUCGGCUUCAUCACCUCACACCAAGCCAGAAUAGAGUAAGGGGAUCUGAUAAUGUUACAGCGAGAACCAAGCACUAAGAUACUGCAGUACAGAUUAGUAUCAACUGCUUCUACUGUUAGUUACUUUAUGAAAGGUCUACUAGUAUUUCUCUGAACACAAAACACGUAUAUAGCUGUUACAAUCAUGAUAUGCUGUGAUUAAUUGGAGUAAAGAAUGGGCGGGCGGGGGGGUGAACUGGUCCUCUUUGCAGUGAGAGGAUGCGUGUGGUCAUACUGGUGCUCUGCCGUGUGGUAUUACUGUAAGAUGUAUGGCAGGGAGGGGGAAUAAGUGAACAGAGCAUAGGUUGUUUUGCAUCCUUUACUCUUUCAAUUCUGCAGACUAAGACUGUUCACAUUUUGCAUUCAGGUUGUUAUGCUCCCAAUUCUAACUCAAAUGUACGAAAGGUGUUUAAACUAUAAAAACCCUUUAACUUUUA